AUGGGAUGGCUCCUCCAAGUCUCUAACCCGCCUACGGUGGUGGAUUUGUUAGCGUCUACCGCAAUGGAUCACCACAAAAAGGAUAUCGAUCCCAUAACGGGAAAAUUCCUGCCAGAAGUUAUCCACCCGGAUACCUUCAAAACUCUCGGCGAUGGCCCGGCCCGUGGCUAUGCUGAUAUCGCCUGGCGACAGGCCAAUAUGACGGUCGAAUUACAAAUCGAUCGAGAAAUUCGAAGCCGAGAGGUUCUUGCAAACAAGGCUAGGUUGCAGGUGGAAUCUGUUCAGCCUGAGUUGAAGCCGAUACCUGUUGAGCCGCCGGCUUGGCCCGACGCUGAAUGUAUCGUACGGCCUGCAAGGCCUGAAGAUUUCGAAGCCAUUGCUACCAUCAUGAAUUUGGAAAGUAAGGCAAAGGUUAACCCACAAGUGUUUGAAUGGAAGGAAGUUGUGGCAGCAGACAUUCGAAAGAUAUACAAGAGCUGCCAAGACAACUUGCGACCAUUUGUUGUUGCUACUUCGGCAGGGGAUCCCUUGCUCGACCGCUCCAACUGGCCCGAAAAUUCCACAAAGGCUUACCAGAGCUAUCUUGCAUUUCGUGCAUCCCAAGCCGAGGCUCCACAGGAACUAUUUGGUUUUGCCUUUGUCACGGAAGCCAGGAUCGGAAUUCUUGGGACCGCGUGCCCUGGGUCAAGGCAUGCUGGACAGAUCAAAGUGAUUGUCCAUCCUGAUCACCAAGGAAAGCUAUAUGGCUCUGCUCUACUCGACAGGAUUUUGCUAUGCACCGCGCCCUUCCAUCGAAGCAUGGUGGAUUACGAGUGGCAGUGCCAAAACUCCGCAAAGGUUUAUGAGAAUAUUUCGUACCAGAACCAUCGGAAAUAUGCUUGGGUCUAUAUUGAAACUUUUUGCGCCGAUAGAGCCGAUCCAGCAACGCAACUGGUGAGCAACUUUCUGCAAAAGUUCGAAUUCAAGGAGGUAGGCUGCCUGCCCAGCGCCAUCAAGACAGACCGUUAUUACGAGAGCCAAUGGCUUGACUUGGUGCUGUGGGCACGCGAAACGCAACCUCGCUCUAAUAUCGUGGAUACUGCGCCGGGCGCCCAGCCAGAGGCAGAUAGGAUGCAUUUGUAUCAGACUUUGGCGAGGCCAAAGAAGAAGUAA